AUGCAGUUUCAACCAGAUACAAAUGCAUUAGAUAUCAAUGAGUUCCUGGACAUGGUCCCAGUUGGCUCAGAUGAGCAUUCUUGUGAAGAUUCUGGCAGUAAUAAGAUUUCAGCUGUUGAAAGUGAAACUAAGUGCAUUUAUACUAUAGAGGGUGUUGCCAUUAAGGACAGCGGAUCAUGUAGCGACUCUGAUGCAGAAGUGGUCCAAGGACAGGUAAUGGAAGUUUCUGAGCAUCUUGUAGUUUUCUUUUGCAAGCUUGAGCCAGGCUUUUGUGUUGGUGAGUUGCUUGAGGAGAAUGUUGAUUUUUCUGCUGGCGAUCAUAUCUACAGUUUGUUCAACAUUGAAGAACCAAGCAAUCAGAGCAAUGUAGUCGGCAGUGACGAUACUUUUGGAACGGGCAUUAAAAGGAGGACUCGGCAGCCCCAAAAUCAAUUACAUGCCCAAAACUUUGAAACUCAGGGAACUGCUAUGAGACGAAUUUGUUGGAUGAAAAAGUUACCAAGAAGUGUACUACAACAGAUGAGACGCAAGAUAUAUUCACUCCUGAAUCAAAGCAAAGAUGGUGUAGAACUUCCUCAGGAUUUGAGUACGACUGUGGAUUCAAAAGAAGAUUUUCCUAUAGGUUGCCAGAAAAAGGUCCUCUCGGUGUCCUCAAAGGUUGCGGCAUUGCGUUCAAUUUUACCAUCCGUGCAUAUGCCUUGGGUACUUCUAGUUCUGUUUUGUUCGGUUGCUGCUCAGCUUUUCUUCUUCUGCUCAGCUGGUCUUUCAUCAGGGGCACUGUUCACGUGA